CAUUCGUGCUGAGUCUAGGUUUCUUGGUGUUUAUGGCGGUCGUGCGUGAUUCCGGCAUUUGAUUGCUGACCAUUGCGCUGAAUUUACGCCACGAGCAGUGUUCAGGAUUGAAGUUGUUAUUCACGUGUUGUUCAUUAAGUAAUUCCAUCCCAUCAUGCCCCGCAACAUUGAAAUUAAAGCCUGCGUCCGCAAUCUAGCUGAACUGAAAAAAAUUGCCUCGGAACUCUCCAAGAGCAGUGGUACUGCACUUCAUCAGGAAGACACUUUCUUCAACUCUCCACAAGGACGUCUCAAGCUCCGCAUUAUCAAGGACGACAAAGAAGAACUUAUCUACUAUGAAAGACCCGAUCAGGAGGGACCAAAAUGUAGCGACUAUGUGAAGGUUACAGGGAAACCAGGAGAGCUGAGUUCCGACAUGAGGACCUUGCUGGAGCGCUGCAUGGGAGUAAAAGGAGUUGUCAAAAAGACCAGAAUGCUGUACAUGGUGGAUCAGACAAGGGUGCAUGUUGAUUCUGUUGAGGACCUUGGGGAUUUCAUGGAGCUUGAGGUUAUGCUUCGUGAUGAUCAGACAUUGGAAGAAGGAGAGAAGAUUGCCCAUGACUUGCGAGAGAAGCUUGGGGUCGGGUUAGAUGACCUGCUCUCAGAGGCUUACAUGGACAUGAUCCUGAAGAAAUAAUGUGAAAUUCAGAAAUUGAUUCUGUGAUACAUUUUAUUUUACAGUAUUUUUUAUUAUUAAGUAUUUUUUCUUUCUUUGUUUUUCUUCUUCUUCUUCAUUUCUUCCUUUUUUCUUUUUCUCUAUAUUUACUGAAAGUUUUUUGUCUCUGAAAUAAUUAACUGUAAUUUAUGUAAAUGUAUAAAUUUCUGGUGUUUUCUGUUCUGCUUAGUGUUUAAAUUCUCCAUUAAUGAUGUAAAUUUCAAAUAUGCGGGGGAAAUUUUAUUUUGAUAUACACUUUACAUUUACUGAAUGGUAAUAAAUACAUCCAUUGCUUAAUAAAAA